UGAUGGUAUAGGUUAUGUGAAGAAAUGCAAAGAAACAUCUAUUAAUCUGGAGUACGGGUGAUGGGUUGCCUACGAGCCGCGAAAAAGUCAAGUCAAAGAAACAACUAAGAUAACGUUAUCGAGAACUUGUUUAGAGAGGUGAAGAAAUUGGGUACAAAAAAGACGUUUCUAAAAAUACAGAAUUUCUUCUUGUCACAUUGUUGUUAAGCCACGCGAAAUGAAAACAGAGAAGAAACCUAAGCCUAAGCAAAGAAGAAACAAAUCAGCAAAACCAGAUUUUAAGCAUGCAAAGCGUGAGAAAAACUUUGUAAAAAAAUCGAAGAUAUUGUACAAGAGAAAAUUCAACACUCCGUUGACCAAACGAAAAAAACAGAAAAGUAUUUAUAACGCUGAAGAAGAAACCAGAUUAGAAAAGAUAGUCUUUGGCAAUACGAAUGAUAUCAUCGAUAAUUUGCCGGACGAUGAAACCGUCCUAUCGAAAGUAAAGGAUGAACUUGCUGAUGUCGACGAGAAAGACGUUCAAAAUGAAGAAAGAAAGGCAGCUUGGGUGGACGAUGAUGAUUUGAAUUAUGAUGUUGACACAGCUCUGAAUGCACAGAAUCGCAAAUUGCCAUGUAAAAGACCUGAAAAUUUGUAUACGACGUAUUUGAAAAACAGAUAUAAAUUGUUUGUUGGUGAUCCAAAAUGGGCUAAGUUAGAAAAGAAAGAAAAGAAUGAGGAAGAUGACAUAGAUGCUGAUGUCCUGAAGCAUAGUUGCCAUUUGGAAGCGCCAAAAAUAAAAAAUCUCCCGAAAAAUAUCAUUGAUCUCAAAGUGCUGAAUGCUUUGAACAAAAGUACUCACACGGAAGGUUUUAUUAUCUCAAGUGUGGAGUUUCACCCGUCGUCUACGGUAGCUUUGGUUGCUGGUUCGUCGGGCAUUUUGUCAUUAUAUCAGGUGGAUGGUCAUACAAACGACAAAUUGCACAGCAUGGAAUUUAAAAAGUAUCCGAUUAGUAAGGCGACAUUUAUGAAGGAGGGUACGGAAGUUUUGCUCGGUUCCCAAUAUUAUCCGUAUUGUUACACUUACGACUUGAUGAAUGACAAGGCAUACAAGCUACCACUGCCGCAUGGGAUCACGAAUAUGACGCGUUACGAGGUGUCUCCAGACGGCAAGUUCAUAGCGUUGCGCGGGAAACGGCGUGAAAUACAUUUGUUACACAGCGCUACAAAGGAACUGAUCGACACGUUCAAUAUGAACUCGAAAUGUAGAACGUUAGCGUUUACGCCAGACAGUAAAUCAAUAAUCACGCACGGCGACACCAGCGAGAUGUUCGUGUGGGAUCUGAAUACUCGAAAGUGUAUGAAUCGCGCCAUAGAUGACGGAUGUUUCUCUUGCACGUCGCUCGAUGUGUCGCCAAGCGGUCAGUUCGUUGCUACCGGCAGUUUGCACGGUAUAGUUAAUAUCUACGAUGCGAAAACGGUGCUGGAGCAACGAAGUCCCGCACCUCUGAAGACGGUGACGAAUCUUGUGACCAGUGUGACCAGCUUGAAGUUCAAUCCGACUACCGAGAUAUUGAGCGCCGCGUCGGUUGAAAAACACAACGCGUUCAGAAUGGUGCACAUACCCUCUUUUACUGUGUUCUCGAAUUUUCCGACUUUUCAAACCAACAUAGGCAUGCCGCAAACAAUCGCUUAUUCGCCCGGCAGCGGUUACCUCAGCAUUGCGAACAGAACGGGCUCCGCUUUUUUGUGUAGAUUGCGACAUUACGGAAAUUAUUAAUUAUAUGUUUCUUGGUAAUGUAUUAAAUUACAUUUAAAUUCCAAGAUUUAUGGCAAAAGCUUGUAUAAAUAAAAAUUUUUGCAUAAAUCUACGUUACUUUGUAAAACGAAGUAACUUUAUUUGGAGAUUAUCGUAAAUGAUUUUUCCUCUUUAUUUUAUUAACACUAUAAACUAUUUUUUUUCACAUUUAGCAAAAACGUCGAUUACAGCAUGAAGAAAAGUCCUUAAAAAAAAACCCCCCAAGAUUUCUUAAUACUUUGAACGCUUUGUGAAAAAGUGAAUCUCUUUACACAUACUUACACAUACGCCGUACGAAUCUUACACUUAUGGCAGUCUAUAUACUAGUUUUCCUUUUCGCUACACGCAUAUAAAUGAUUUGCUUUUAAUGUGUCUAUUCUUAUUUGAAGAACUUGGACUAUAAAACAAGAUCAGCGACAUUUAAAACGUGUUCACUCAAUUUUGUUUUACAUCCGACUCUCGUUUGUACUAAAUAUAAAUGAAGAAUGACGAUAUAUGUAUAUAUAUAUAUAUAUAUAUGUGUGUAGUUAUAGAGAUAAAAGUUUUUUAUAUAACAAAAUAUGUAUAGAUUUGAUAAUUUUCAUAUAUUUUAGAAAAGUAAUAUAUACGGAGUAAACGACAUUGAAGAUUUAUUCAACAUGUUUCAAGUUGAAUAUUUUUUUCUUAUAAAAAAUUUAUAUAGAGAUUGCCGCCUUUGGUCGUAUGUCACAUACACACACACAUAUUUGUACAUAUCGUUAUUGAAAAAAAUUCUACUCGAGAGAAAUGAUACAUAUUUUACCAGAACAAAUAUUCAGAACAACUUAUAUUUACGUGUAAAAUAACAUAAAUUAUAUAUCUUUGUGCGCGAUUUUCGAAUUGCAGCCUCACGUUUUUGUGAAUUAUUUCUCAUACCGGCGGUUUUAGUUCGUUUCGUUUCAAAGAGUUUAAGAAAACUGUGCGAUAUGUCGGUACUUUUAUCGAUGUGAGAAUGUGACGCGAAAACGCGAAAACUCCAAUCCGAAAACCACGCGCAAAAAACGUUUACGCAACACAUCUUCACGCGAAAGCAUCGUCUUAUGUGUACACGAUAUAUAAACUUUUAUACUGCAUAGUGCUCUAUUUGGCAUGUAAGACAUACUGUUUUGUUAUUACACUACGUUUUUGUAUACAACGGCACACAACUGUUUAAACAACACCGAAUCUCUCAUCCUCAUCAUUACUUGCGCUACGAGUGAUCGUCACGUAGCUGUAACAUGCGGCGAUAUAUCAAUUAAUAUCGAUACACUGUAAUAUAGUUACAGUAUAUAUUAGUACAGCGUCCGUGUGUGCGUAUACAUAUAUAUGGUAUACCCACGCACAUAGUUUUCUACCUUUCUCUAUCCCCACACACGCGUACCACGCAAUUACACUUAUGUACAUUAGUUUUAAUGGCAGAAUAGAAACGCCGAUAAGUGCAUUAUAGACAUAAUACUUAUUAUACAAGUACGUUGUCAAUGUACGUACGAUUAUAUAUAGCACCAAGUGUGUUGUGAGAAGUGGAACAUUUCACUGAGACAUUUUUAAACACAUGACAUUUUAUUACGAUUUACCUCUUCAGCAGAACGUCAACGGUUGUACAAGUA